AUGGCGCACAGUUACGAUGUUGGAACAAAGGCCUGGCAACCAGAUGCCACAGAAGGAUGGGUUGCUUCAGAGGUGACAUCGAAGACCAGUGAUGGGACUAAGGUCUCCCUGGUCUUCGCUCUCGCAAACGGAGAGACCAAGACGAUAGAAACGACCGAAGAUGCCCUUGCUUCAGAUGACCAGUCGAAGCUCCCACCUCUAAUGAACCCUACGAUGCUCGAAGCCAGCGACGAUUUAACCAACUUAUCUCAUCUCAAUGAGCCUGCUGUAUUGCAAGCUAUAAAGCUUCGGUACUCACAGAAGGAAAUAUACACAUACAGUGGGAUCGUUCUGAUCGCGACAAAUCCCUUUGCCAGAGUGGAUUCCCUAUAUGUCCCUGGUAUGGUGCAAGUUUAUGCAGGCAAGCAGAGGGCUACGCAAGCCCCCCAUCUCUUCGCUAUUGCAGAAGAAGCCUUCGCUGAUAUGCUACGGAGCGGUAAGAACCAAACGGUUGUGGUCUCUGGAGAAUCUGGUGCCGGAAAGACAGUCAGUGCGAAAUACAUUAUGAGAUAUUUCGCAACAAGAGAAUCGCCGGACCAAACUGGGACUCGGACGAAACGGGGAUCAGAUCAGAUGAGCGAAACGGAGGAGCAAAUUCUGGCAACGAAUCCCAUCAUGGAAUCUUUCGGUAAUGCAAAGACGACACGAAACGACAAUUCUUCACGAUUUGGAAAAUAUAUUGAAAUUAUGUUUGAUGAGAAAACCCAGAUUAUUGGCGCUAAGAUCCGGGUCUAUCUCCUGGAACGUUCAAGACUGGUUUUCCAGCCGCUGAAAGAGCGGAAUUACCACAUUUUCUACCAGUUAUGUGCAGGUGUCACAGAUGAGGAACGUCAGGCACUUAAACUUUUACCCGUAGAACAGUUCGAUUAUCUGAAUCAGGGUAGCGCACCGGUCAUUAGCGGAGUCGACGAUAAGAAGGAAUUCGAAGACUUGAAGAAGGCUUUCCAAGUUAUUGGCGUCGACAAGGAUCAACAAUCCGAGAUAUGGAAGCUGCUUGCUGCACUUCUGCACCUUGGGAAUGUGAAGAUAACCGCUUCACGUACGGAUUCAAGCUUGUCAGAUACAGAACCAUCGUUGCUGAAAGCAGCUGCCAUUCUUGGUGUCGACCCCAGCGAGUUUGCGAAGUGGACAGUCAAAAAACAAUUGAUCACAAGAGGGGAGAAAAUCACAUCGAAUCUCACACAACAGCAAGCUAUUGUCGUAAGGGACUCUGUGGCUAAAUUCGUCUACUCGAGUCUUUUCGACUGGUUGGUAGAAAACAUUAACAAAGCUCUUGCUACGACUGAGGUACUGUCAAAAGUCAAAUCAUUUAUCGGUGUUCUGGAUAUCUACGGGUUCGAACAUUUCGCCAAGAACUCUUUCGAACAAUUCUGUAUCAACUAUGCGAACGAGAAGCUGCAGCAGGAAUUCAACGCACACGUCUUCAAGUUGGAACAAGAAGAAUAUUUGAAGGAGCAGAUCGACUGGACGUUCAUCGACUUUUCAGACAAUCAACCUUGUAUCGAUCUGAUAGAAGGCAAGCUUGGUAUUCUGUCCUUACUCGACGAAGAAUCAAGGUUGCCCAUGGGUUCUGAUGAGCAAUUUGUCACCAAGCUGCACCAUAAUUAUGCCGCUGACAAGAACAAGUUUUACAAGAAGCCAAGAUUCGGGAAAUCAUCCUUCACUGUAUGCCAUUAUGCUAUCGAUGUUACUUACGAGUCGGAUGGAUUCAUUGACAAGAAUCGUGACACUGUUCCAGACGAACAUAUGGCAGUACUGAAAGCCUCAUCAAAUAAGUUUUUGGGACAGGUGUUGGAUGCUGCAUCAGCCGUCCGUGAAAAAGACUCUGCCUCCGCGUCUUCCAACGCAGUCAAACCUGCCGCCGGACGAAGGAUCGGAGUCGCUGUGAAUAGGAAGCCAACUCUUGGAGGUAUAUUCAAAUCAUCUCUCAUUGAGCUGAUGCACACGAUCAACGGGACCGAUGUUCAUUACAUUCGUUGUAUCAAACCUAACGAGAGCAAGGAGUCAUGGGUCUUCGAGGGUCCUAUGGUCUUGAGUCAGUUGCGAGCCUGUGGUGUUUUAGAAACUGUCAGAAUCAGUUGCGCUGGUUACCCUACCAGAUGGACGUACGAAGAAUUUGCGCUUCGAUACUACAUGCUAACCCCAUCGUCAGCCUGGACGUCAGAGAUUCGUGACAUGGCUAACAAGAUUCUCGUCAAAGCACUUGGAACCAGCAACGGACAAGGGCUGGACAAGUAUCAACUUGGUUUAACCAAGAUCUUCUUCCGAGCUGGUAUGCUUGCCUUCUUGGAAAACCUCCGAACAAACCGCCUGAACGAUUGCGCGAUUAUGAUACAGAAAAACCUGAAAGCUAAAUAUUACCGCCGCAAAUACCUGGAAGCUCGUGCCGCUAUUUUGAGCGUGCAAACCUUUGCGAGAGCUCACAUUGCUCGCAAGCGUGCUCAAGAAACCAGAACAAUCAAAGCUGCCACGACAAUCCAAAGAGUUUGGCGCGGCCAGAAGCAAAGAAAGGCGUUUCUUAUCAUCCGCAACAAUGUUAUUCUUGCGCAAGCAGCUGCCAAGGGUUUCUUACGGCGUCGUCAAAUCAUGGACACUCGUCUUGGAAAUGCUGCUGUUUUAAUCCAAAGAGUUUGGAGAUCAAGGAGACAAAUGAAGAGCUGGAGACAAUACAGACGGAAGGUCGUCAUCAUUCAAAGUUUGUGGAGAGGUAGACAAGCCAGACGUGGAUACAAGAAAGUCAGAGAAGAAGCACGUGAUCUCAAGCAAAUAUCCUACAAAUUGGAAAACAAGGUCGUGGAACUUACACAGUCUUUGGGCACAAUGAAGAGAGAGAACAAGGCGUUAGUAAACCAGGUCGAGAACUACGAGAACCAGAUCAAGUCCUGGAAGAACCGGCAUAACGCUUUGGAGACUCGAUCCAAGGAACUGCAAGGAGAGGCUAAUCAAGCGGGUAUCACUGCCGCCCGUCUAUCGGCAAUGGAGGACGAAAUGAAGAAAUUACAGGUCAACUUCGACGAGUCUGCUGCCAAUAUCAAACGUCUGCAGGAAGAGGAGAAGGAACUUCGUGAGACCUUGAGAAAAUCCACAGAGGAGCUUGAAAGCACCAAGCAAGCAAGUGCUGAGUCAGAGACGGAGAAAAACAACCUCCGGCAACAACUUUUGGAUCUACAAGACCAGCUUGAAGCCGCUAAGCGUGCUGUGCCCAUUAUGCCGAUUAAUGGUGAGCUUACGAACGGUACUGCAGCUCAACUUCCCUCCAACGGUCUUAUCAACUUGGUCUCCUCCAAGAAGCCUAAAAGACGCAGUGCUGGGGCAGAACCUCUGGAUAACAGAUACAGUGCUGCGUACAACCCACGUCCAGUAUCUAUGGCUGUCACCGGAAGCAAUCUUAACCGCCAAGCUCUUCCUGGUUCCUCUUUCAUCCAAGGUGUUGACAAUGUGGAACAUGAGCUUGAAAACUUGCUCAAUGAUGAGGAUGGUUUGAAUGAGGAAGUCACUCUUGGCUUGAUUAAGAAUCUGAAGAUUCCACCACCUACUACUACCCCUCCACCGACUGACAAAGAGGUUCUUUUCCCAUCCUACCUUAUCAACUUGGUUACCUCCGAGAUGUGGAAUAAUGGAUUUGUCAAAGAGUCGGAACGUUUCCUUGCAAAUGUUAUGCAGUCGAUUCAACACGAGGUCAUGCAACAUGACGGGGAAGAGGCGGUUAACCCUGGCGCCUUCUGGCUGUCCAACGUCCAUGAGAUGCUUUCAUUCGUCUUCCUGGCUGAGGAUUGGUACGAAGCACAAAAGACUGACAACUUUGAGUACGAUCGUUUGCUUGAAAUCGUCAAGCACGAUCUGGAGAGUCUUGAGUUCAACAUUUACCAUACAUGGAUGAAGGUUCUCAAGAAGAAGUUGUCAAAGAUGAUCAUUCCUGCAAUCAUCGAAUCACAGUCCCUUCCCGGUUUCGUUACCAACGAAAGUAACAGAUUUCUUGGCAAACUUCUUCAGACAAAUUCUGCCCCAGCUUUCAGCAUGGACAAUCUGCUGAGCUUACUCAACAACGUCUUCAAAGCCAUGAAGGCCUACUACCUAGAGGAUUCGAUCAUCACCCAGACAGUAACCGAGUUGCUUAGAUUGGUUGGCGUCACUGCCUUCAACGACCUACUCAUGCGCAGGAACUUCCUUUCAUGGAAGCGUGGUCUUCAAAUUAAUUAUAACAUCACUCGAAUUGAAGAGUGGUGUAAGAGCCACGAUAUGCCUGAAGGUACUUUGCAACUGGAGCAUCUCAUGCAAGCCACCAAGCUGUUGCAGUUGAAAAAAGCCACCCUAAAUGAUAUCGAGAUCAUUCAAGAUAUCUGCUGGAUGCUUUCCCCAAAUCAAAUUCAGAAACUGUUGAAUCAAUACCUUGUUGCUGAUUAUGAGCAACCUAUCAACGGUGAGAUCAUGAAAGCUGUAGCUUCCAGGGUAACAGAGAAGGGCGACGUCUUACUUCUCACUGCUGUUGAUAUGGACGACAGUGGACCAUAUGAAAUUGCUGAGCCUCGUGUCAUUACCGCACUGGAGACAUACACUCCAUCUUGGCUUCAAACGCCACGUUUGAAACGUCUCGCUGAGAUUGUUUCCGCCCAAGCUAUUGCCCAACAAGAGAAGGGGGAUUACUUAUUAGACGAAGCGAAUGAGAUGACCGACGACGAAAUGAAUGAGGAGAAAGCACUCUAUUAA